UCACUAAACGGGCCGUGGAUGUGACCCGAGUCCGGUUUUUAAUUGUGGGAAAGAUUGUCAAAUAAAUUGAUCUAACCCUAAACAAAACCUUAGCAUACUUUAUUCUCGCUUGGUUGCAGCUUCAGCAGCAGCGGCAAGCAACUCCAUCCGCAAUGGGAAUCGAUUUGAAGGCAGGAGGUAAGUCCAAGAAGACCAAACGUACAGCCCCCAAAUCCAAUGAUAUUUACCUCAAGCUCCUCGUCAAGCUGUACCGUUUUCUUGUUCGGAGGACUGGUAGUAACUUCAAUGCCGUCAUCCUCAAACGCCUUUUCAUGAGCAAGGUCAACAAGCCCCCGCUAUCCCUCUCUAGAUUGAUUCGUUACACCAAGGGAAAGGAGGAUAAGAUAGCUGUGGUAGUCGGGGCCGUGACCGAUGACAUUAGGGUGUAUGAAGUCCCUGCUCUGAAGGUAACUGCCCUGAGGUUCACUGAAACUGCCAGAGCUAGAAUUGAGAAGGCUGGUGGCGAAUGCCUCACCUUUGAUCAACUGGCUCUUAGAGCUCCACUCGGCCAGAAUACGGUUCUUCUUAGAGGUCCCAAGAAUGCCCGUGAGGCUGUCAAGCACUUUGGACCAGCUCCUGGUGUGCCCCAUAGCCACACCAAGCCCUAUGUCCGUGCAAAGGGAAGGAAAUUUGAGCGGGCUAGAGGAAAAAGGAAUAGCAGAGGCUUUAGAGUUUGAGUUCUGGAGCUCAAACAUGAAGGAGUUUUCGUUUUACCUCAUGAUCAUUAUGUAUUGUUUUCUUGUGUUUUGGAACAAUUUGUUAAUUUUGGUUUUUAUUUUUCCUUAUCUAAGGGAAAAAAUUGAAACGCUGUCCCCGAACAAUUUUGUUCUUGCACACUUUUCAGAGGAUUAAUGAGUAGCUAUUGCUCUACUUAAGUCGUGAUUUUGACAA